GGACCCGGCACUUGUAUUGACCUCACAGCAGAUGCAACUACUAGUAAUGCCAGUGUCAACAGUGCAGACUCGAGGCAACAAGAAGAUGACAGCAGCUUCUCACUGAUCACCUGGAACGUCGAUGGGCUGGAUCUAGGAAAUCUAAUAGAGCGAGCCAAAGGAAUCUGUUCUUACCUGGCAUUAUACAGUCCGGAUGUCGUGUUUUUACAAGAGGUCAUCCCACCACACCUCUGUCUUCUACAGAUGAGAGCAGGCAGUUACACUGUUAUUCCAGGUAACAUAGAUGGCUAUUUCACUGCCAUAAUGUUGAAGAAAUCAAGAGUGAAGCUACUGAAACAUGAGAUAAUACCUUUUCCAACAACCUCCAUGAUGAGGAACCUUUUGGUUGUGCAUGUGAGCAUAUCUGGCAAUGAACUUUGCCUUAUGACUUCUCAUCUGGAGAGCACUAAAAAUCACUCCAAGGAGCGUAUUAAGCAACUACAAAUAGUGUUCAACAAAAUGCAGAAGGAGUCGGAGUCCACCACUGUUAUAUUUGGAGGGGAUACAAACCUCAGAGACAGCGAGGUUACUAAACUAGGUAACCUACCCAACAACAUUACUGACAUCUGGGAGUUUUUGGGUAAACCUCAACACUGCCGCUAUACUUGGGACACACACUCCAACACCAACCUGGAUGCAGCGUACAAGUGCAAGAUGAGGUUUGACCGCAUUUACUUUCGGCCUGCAGCAGAAGGGGGACAUAUUGUUCCACGAAGUAUGGACUUAAUCGGAUUGGAAAAACUAGACUGUGGCAGAUUCCCUAGUGAUCACUGGGGUCUUCUGUGUAACUUUGACGUGAUAUUAUAAAAAAGUAAAAAGGCUGCCAUUGUUAGUUUUUAGGUGAUUUGUUCUUGUUUUUACAGAAUUUUACCCUCUCAGUUUAAGUAGGGCGUAUUUAAAUUUUCAACCCUAACACAUUCUCUGCUCUUGACUUGUGCUGGAAUGGCUUCAUUUCAAGCCAGUGUUGCCUUUUCCUCAUUGUAUGCAUCUGUUCUUGAAUGACAUUUUUAAAUAUGUUUUUUUAACCAUACGUGCAAAUACAAAAACAAAUUCUAGUUUUAAAAUGGGAAGAGAAACCUGUAAAUACAAACCAUAAACAUAAUAGGUGGUUUAAAAGAUCCUUUUAUUUUGGCAUGUAUUAUGAUCUCCUAAUAAAUGCUUUUUUU